UGUGUAAAUUAGAACUAUACUAUAUAUCUGGUAGCCAGAAAUUAAAGUUAUUGUCAACUGCAUUCAUAGGAUGUGGAGAGGUAUUCUCAUGCACUGCUGGUGACAGUAUAAAUUCACAGAAAAUCCAUGAAGAAUGAUUUGGAAAUGGAUGAUAAAUCUGUCUUCCAUGGGAGAUGGAAGGUACAGCUACAGAGGAGGAAAACACAGUGUUCCCUCUCUCCAAGUUACAACAGAUAUCUACCUGACCACGAAACCAGGUUUCUGGCAUUGGUAAGGGAGCAGGAUUUGUUUAUUUUCUGACUAAUCUCCAUCCUGAAUUUCUGUGGGGUCCACAGAGUAGGCAAGUGCUGAAACUGUGACAACUGACACAGAUUUAACACAGACACCGAGUUAUUCUGGGAGAUCUAAGUCAAAUAUGGUUUCACAAGGCUCUGUACCCUCCCAUCUCUCCCUGCUCAGGACUCUUCCCUUGUCCAAAAGGAGAGCUCAAAAGAGAAGGCAAAUCUUAAAGCCAUGCCUCAGGGAUCAGUGUCAUUCAAGGAUGUGACUGUGGACUUCACCCAGGAGGAGUGGCAGCAACUGGACUCUGCUCAGAAGGCCCUCUACAGGGAUGUCAUGUUGGAAAACUAUUGUCACUUCGUCUCUGUGGGCUUUCACAUGACUAAGCCCGAUAUGAUCCACAAGCUGGAACAAGGAAAAGAACUAUGGACAACAGGGAGAAUUUUUCCAAGUCGUAGUUACCCAGAAGACGAUGGGAAAGCUGAAGAUGUUUUAGUGAAAUUCAAAGAAUACCAAGAAAGGCAUUCUAGAUCAGCUGUAUUCCUCAACCACAAAGGACUAAUGAAGGAGAGAAGUAAUAUUUUGGGGAAAACAUUCACUGUCAGCAAGAAUCGUAUUAUUUCAAAAACAACACUACGUGAAUAUAAACCUGAUGGAAAGGUUUUUAAAAAUAUUUCAGGAUUAGUCAUCAGAAAUAUAAGCCCUGUAAGAGAGAAGUUUGGUGAGAGUAAUGGAUGGGAGAAAACACUCCUUAAUACGAAGCAUGAGAAAAUUCAUACUGCAGUUAACCUCUGUAGACAAACAGAAAGAAGCCUGAGUGAUAAACAGGACCUUAUUCAACAUCAGAAGGUUCAGACUCCUGAGCAGUCAUUUGAACAUAAUGAAUGUGGAAAACCCUUCCUCAUGAAAGGAAUGUUAUUUACACAUACUAGAGCUCACAGAGGAGAAAGACCCUUUGAAUACAAUAAAGAUGGAAUAGCCUUCCUUGAAAAGUCAAAUCUCAAUGUCCACCAACAAAAUCUUACAGAGAAGAAGCCCCAUGCAUACAACAAAUAUGGGAAAUUCCUCUGUAGAAAGUCCGUUUUUAUCAUGCAUCAGAGAUCUCCAACAGAAGAGAAACCCUUUCAGUGUCCUUACUGUGGUAACAGCUUUAGAAGGAAGUCAUACCUCAUUGAACAUCAGCGAAUUCACACAGGUGAGAAACCUUAUGUUUGCAAUCAAUGUGGAAAAGCCUUCCGUCAAAAGACGGCCCUCACUCUUCAUGAGAAAACACAUAUAGAGGGAAAACCCUACAUCUGCAUGGAUUGUGGGAAGUCCUUCCGCCAGAAGGCAACCCUCACUAGGCAUCAUAAAACACACACAGGAGAGAAGGCCUAUGAAUGUACUCAGUGUGGAAGUGCUUUUAGAAAGAAGUCAUACCUCAUUGAUCAUCAGAGAACACACACAGGAGAGAAACCGUAUCAGUGCAAUGAAUGUGGGAAGGCAUUUAUCCAGAAGACAACCCUCACUGUACACCAGAGAACUCACACAGGAGAGAAACCGUAUAUUUGCAAUGAAUGUGGGAAGUCCUUCUGCCAAAAGACAACCCUCACUCUGCAUCAAAGAAUUCACACGGGGGAAAAGCCCUAUAUUUGUAACGAAUGUGGGAAGUCUUUCCGCCAGAAGGCAAUCCUCACUGUUCAUCAGAGAAUACACACAGGAGAGAAAUCCAACGGAUGUCCUCAGUGUGGGAAAGCCUUUAGUAGGAAAUCAAAUCUCAUUCGCCAUCAGAAAACCCACACAGGAGAGAAACCGUAUGAAUGUAAAGAAUGUGGGAAGUUCUUCAGUUGUAAGUCAAACCUCAUUGUCCAUCAGAAGACUCACAAGAUAGAAACUAUGGGAAUUCAGUAAAAGAUGUGACUUUUUUGGUAAAAAUUUUAAAGUCAUAGUAAACCCUAUACAUGAUAUUGCUUGUAAGUGUAAUAAUAUUAAACAGUUUAAGGUACUAUACCACAUAUUUACCUACUAUCUGCUAGACUUUAAAACACACAAGAAGAAUUACUAGACAAAGGAAAUGACAAAAGUCAUUAAAAAUACAAGCUUCAAUUUUUUAUUAUUAUAUUCACCGGACAUAACCUUCUCUGUCAAAUUUCUACAAACAUUUUAAAUUGCUUAUUUUCAAUUCCCAUACACACUUUGUUGUGACCCACUAACAAACGGUAGGCUGUCUGGCAGUGGGCCAUGGACCACACUGUGAGCAGAAGUGCUUUAAAAAAAAAGGUGUGAACUGUAUUUCUCACUGCAAAUAUGGAAGAAAAUUAAUUACGACCUCCUCA